ACGGUCCCGGGACCGUCAUCCCCAGAAACGGGGCAGGCGGGUAGGAUGGCUGGGAGUGGAAGUCCUUCUCUUCCCUAAUUUCCACCAUGGCCGCCCGACCGAGGCUUCUCCACCUGAGCUCCUCCUUCUUCUUCUUCACCUGCAAGCGUGGCGCCCGCUCCAUUUUCUUCCCUUCCCUGCUCCUCCCCUCUUCUCCUUCCCACCGCCGCCUCCUCUUCUCCUUCCCCAUCGCACCAUCCCUCACCCCGGACACCCUCUUCCAGGGCUCCGAUUCCGUUCCUCCCCCUCCGUGGCGUCCUUCACCGUCGAUGGUCCCCCCGUAAGCUUCGACGAUUCUUCUUCCGCUUCCUCCCACCACUCGCCCGAAUGGGAGCGGUUCCUCGGCAAGUUGAGGGGAAAAGGUUACUUCGAGGUGUCCACUUCGGCGGCUCCCUCAGGAGAUGUGGAGGAUGAGGGCUCGAGUGUCUCGGCGGGGCACGGUGGCUGGUCCAUGGAGGUGAACCAUGUCAAGAACGCAUGCCUCAAGUUUGCUCGCGGGCGGUUCAACAUCUUCAGAUAUUCGGGCUGUUGUGGAGUGUGGAUGCCCUAUUGUGUUCCGCAAAGCUGUCAAUUCAGCAAAAAGAUUGAGAGCAUUUCUCCAGGUUGAUGAAGGAGACGUCUGUAGUACCUGCAACCUAAGAGAAUCUUGCGGCAAAGCAUACAUAACACCAUAUGAUGAUCGAGGCCAUACCUUGGAUGUAGUUCGUAUUUUAUUGAGCUAUGCAGUAAAUCCAAAGCAUCUUUGUGGAGAGGAAAUUUCAUUGAAGCCUUUUAUUCCAAAAGAACCAUCUCAAAAGGUCACUGGUAAGGGUGACAGGGCAGCUAAUGUGGAGAUGAAGAGAGGUUAUUGGUUGUGUCCAAAAGUGCAAUGAAGAUGGGACCAAAGAGAGUAAAUGUAGGUGCUGCUGCUGAAAUGUUGUUGGGAGACUGGACUUGUCCACAGUGUGUUUGUGACCUUUGCUCGCAAUAGGAAGUGCUUUCGCUGCCAGGAACCACAACCAAAGAGAGUUAAAUCCCGGAGAGUGGGAGUGCCCCUCAUGCUAUUACUCGAACUUAGGAAAAACAAGGCGUGCAAGAAGUGCAACCGUGACCGCCCUGACGAUGGGAGCAAUUUGUUUGAUGACCAUUCAUGGAGGUCUGGAAAGGUCCACCAAGAACAACACUUUAAAGUUUGGAGAUACCGAUGAUAAUAAUGAUGAAAUUGAUGACAAUGAUGAUGACAUAUUGCCUCUAUCGAAAGGGCAACUCCGUCUGAGAGGAAGACUAACCCCUGCUAGAAACUGAAGUAUGGUUUGGCGCUUGGAAGUGUUUUUGACAUCCUUCUCAAGUCGAAUAGCUCUCCCCCGUAUUCCACUGUAAAUCUGGACACCGGAUGACGGCUUGGCAGAUGUAUUUCUAUUUGUAUAAACAAACUGUCAUGACAAUGAUGCAGAUAACUGUGUCUGAUCAAAGACGGUUGUAGGAAAAGCCCGAUCCAACUUUUUCAUAUAUAUGGGUCGGCAAAGAUGGUUUAUGCCUUUUGUUCCACGCAAUGAAACUGUGGUGAAGCUUCAAGAAUACAGGGCUCAAUCUGAUCAACCCUAUCCUGUAUCGGUUAAUGGCUGAGCGUUCAGGGGGAACACCUCAGGAAUUUUUCGUGGAGAAAGGAGGUGGAAUGCUUCCUUGAGUGCACAUAACAUGUUCGACAAAACAGCGAACUCCAUAGGGGCCACACAAUUUGUCGUCGGAGCUCACCGAGGAGGAUGAUGAAAAGUAUCAAGUAUUAUUAUUAUAGGAAGCAAUUCUGAUAACGCUGCUGGAAGAAGCCAUGCAGAAGCUUAUCAACUACUACUAACAAUCUGCUGAUUUAUUCAUUCGAUGACCAGGUUAUUCUCAUACUUCAUUCAUGUUGCUCUCCGUCCUUCAUGCAGAUUGUGAUCCAAUAGCGAUGCUACGCUGCGGUGACCGCGAUCUUCAUGCCGGACUGGCAGUGGCCGGCGAAGCUGCAGAUGAAGUAGUUGGUGCCUCGGGCCAGCGUGAUGCGGUCCUUCCCGGAAGUGUAGACCCUGGAGCCCUUGGGAGCCGAGCAGCUAUUGUAGCCGGCCGCGCUCACCGCCACCACGUUGUGAACCGACGGGUUGUAGUUGAACACUGCCGCAGAUCGGUCAGUACCAUUAGUAAUAAUGCAAAAAUAAGUAUGCACGCAGCAGGGCAGCCAUCACUUACCGAGCACAUCGCCGGCUCUGAAGCUCUUCCCCCUGGGCCAGCUGGCGACGUUGAAGGUCCAUCCGCUGUUGCCGCCGACGACGUAGGUGGCGGCCUCGGCCACCUCACUGUGGAUGAGGAGACACAGCAGGGCCAGCCCCAGAGCCACGACACUGCCCCUUCCCUGAGCCAUCACAAUCCCCCGCUCAGAAGCCAAGACCGACUCUUCCGAGCAAGUGCAGUGGAGGUGAAGAUCUCGUUUGUGAAGCUCCGAGGAGGGGGGGAGGCUUUUUAUAGGCGUCGGAGAGAGGGUGGUGGAGGAAUGGGCCCCGCCCGGGUUGAUCGAAGGCUGGCAACUAUCCAUUACAAGGCCAAAGAUUUGGACCGGGGAGGAGUCGUCGCUUGGAAAGCAGUCGACAGCAGACGAUGUCACGAGUUUGGCAUAUUUCCACGAAUGCUUCAAUUCUUGGGUGGGUCGGCGAUACUACGGAGGAGGGUAUCGUCUCUGGGGUCUUAUCACUUGGAAAACAACGCUCCCUCGCCGGGAAAUAUGGAAGCUAGCGGAUGAGAUACUUCUGGUGUCACGUGGCAUAAUCAUAGGCCAAUCCUGAACCUGGUCAUCGUGAUGCAGUUCCGCCGUACAAGACAUCACACGUGCGCUAACAAUAGCAUCGCCACCCUCAUUUUGCGUCGACAAAACACACGAGCAGAAAAGCAGAGUACAAAGUUUGCACGCCUACAAAGACUCGAUUCACAGUGUCUCAGAUAGUGGAAAGAAGAGCGAAAGGAAGAUUUCUGUUAUUUGGGCAUUGUCAUUGAAGCUCCUUCCUCGCACGUUCAGCCGUCCUACUCGAAAAGUCCUCUUCGGGUCCUCACGGAGAUGGCUUUCUUUCCUGCACAACUCACAACCGCUGUGAGACUCUAAACUCAUCUUCAGGAGUUGAAAGGAAGGACCCAAGUAAGCUUCCGGAUGCUCGUCAGGUGAGCCGCCUCCUAAGGAUGCAUGGAGCCGCCCAUCUUCUUCCUCGCUCGAAUCUGAGCUCCAAGAAGAAUUGUCGACGCUGGCUGCUGCCUUGGGUUCCUCCACCUCCUCAAAUCUGCUUUGGCCACCGGAUUCAGUGUCGGGAUCAGAGCCUCUUCCUUGGGACUCCGAUCGGCAGAGCUCCACCGCGGCCCUUGCAGCUGCCGCAGCAAAGGCUGCUGCUUCGAAGGCAUCCUUCGCUGCACUGGCCACAUCUUCAUACUUAUUAGGCAUGGCAUGUAUGACGCGAAGCACGAUGAAUUCGGAUGUAUUGGUAUACGUACCCCUGCAUCCUCAGAAGAAGGAUCAUAGAAAUCAAGAUUGAUGCCCGUCUCGGCAGCGAUCUCCUUCGUCACCCGCUGUCGGAUUUCCAGGCUUGGCUGCCUGGUCGACAGCUUCUGAAUCAUCUGCAGGAGAUGAUCGCUCUCAUUACAGAACAUGGAAGACGACAACGCUGCCCUAAACCGAAGCAUUACUGUAUACCUUGGGAUUGACACGGCAAUUGUUCCUCAGCUCCACGGCCGCCGACACGAGUUCCUUGCCGUACCUGGAGGAGAAGAUGCCUCGGGCCUUAUCCAACUCCGGCAAUUCCGCGCAUCUCGAUGCCGCAAAGCUCAGACUCGAGAUCGCCUCCCGCAGCUCCUCCGGGCACUCCCUGCAUCGAACUCGAUGGCUCGGGGUAACAAGAACAGGAGCAGCUGCUGCACUAAAGUAAUUAAGGAGACCAGAGAUGAGAGCAGUCACUUGUGAUCCAAGAGCACAAAUCUCUCGAUCAGCAGUUGGCAAUAGUGCUCCGACAUAACGAACACGUCCACCAUGUUCUGCUCCUUGAUUACAUGCUCCACCUGCAACGGCGUCAGUGGUCGCUCGCACGCAUACAAGGAAGCAACCAGCACUGGUGCGGUGCCUUGGAGGAGUCGGUACGUACGCGGAGGAGGGCAUGGUCGACGUGGCCGAGCUGGAGGAGCUGGGCGACGUCGGUGCGCGCCUGGUUGCACCGGACCUGACGGCGGUUGCGGAGGACGGCCAGGCGGGAGACGGUGAGGCCCAGCAGGGUCUUCAGCUUCGACAUCUGCCUCGACUUCCUUCCUAGUAGAGCGUCCAGCUUCCUUCCCAUCUCUGCUUCCUUCCUCCCUCACCACAGUCGGAUCAAGCCUUCCUGUGUGCUACAAGUGCACAUAUAUGAAGCUGAGAUGGGCAAAGGGUGAUUGCUUGAAGACCAAGGAUGGAUUCGACGAUGAUGAUCGAGAAGGGUUUAGGUGAGGGGAUCAAAAGUGAUCCCUUUCAAUGGGUUGGCGAGGUAUGGAGUGUGUUAUCAUCUUGGACCCCAACUCCUGCUGCAAUCGCCCUGCGUUGCCUUGUGUAGCAGCCAACUUAGGGAUACGUUUAAUUGGUUUAAGCUUCGAGUUUAUGCA